GCACGAGCAGUAAAAAUGUUGUUUUCACUCUCGCUUUAUUAUCCAGAUGCGUGGCCUGAUUUUGCUCCUGCACAAGCACCGACUGUUCAGACUGAUCAACAUAAAUGUCUAAUUGUAUUUAUUAAAUUCAACGAUUUAACAACAAGCUUGUCUGCUCUCUCUCUUGUCGUUCAGUACUGUAUCGGCCAGCUGUACAUGAUCAGCAAACACAGCCAUGAACAGAGUGAACGUGGAGAAGGUGUGGAAGUGGUGCAGAACGAGCCCUACGAGGAUCCAGAGCAUGGAUCAGGCCAGUUUACAGAAAAACGGAUCUACCUCAAUAACAAGCUGCCCAGCUGGGCCAGGGCAGUGGUUCCUAAAAUUUUCUAUGUCACAGAGAAGGCCUGGAACUACUACCCAUACACCAUCACAGAGUACACAUGCUCCUUCCUGCCCAAGUUUUCCAUCCACAUAGAGAGCAAAUAUGAGGAUAACAAAGGAAACAAUGACAAUAUCUUUGGAAGUGAGCCCAGAGAGGAGGAAACAGAAGUGUGUUUUGUGGACAUUGCCUACGAUGAGAUCCCUGAGCGCCACUACAAAGAAUCAGAGGACCUUCGACAGUUUAAGUCAAAGAAGACAGACAGGGGCAGCCUGCAGGAAGGAUGGAUCGACACCCAGGACCCCAUCAUGUGCUCGUACAAACUGGUCACAGUUAGGUUUGAAGUGUGGGGACUGCAGACACGCGUGGAGCAGUUUGUGCACAAGGUGAUACGAGACGUCCUGCUUCUGGGACACAGGCAGGCCUUUGCGUGGGUGGAUGAGUGGAUUGACAUGACCAUGGAGGAGGUGAGGGAGUAUGAGCGAGCCACACAGGAAGCUACUAAUCUGAAAAUUGGGACCUUUCCUCCAGCCAUCUCCAUCUCAGAGACCCCUCUGGCGUCCACCACCCGCAGCGGCCCCAACAGCGCCCCGUCCACUCCCCUUUCCACCGAAGCUCCGGACUUCCUGUCUGUGCCCAAGGAGCGACCCAGAAAAAAGUCCGCUCCAGAGACCUUGACCCUGCCCGAUCCAGGCCGCAGGGAUUCACUCUUCAAGCUGCCAAGUUUUUUCUCCUGGAACUCCAGUCCACAACCCGAAUGAGAACCGAGCCUUGUUCUCGACCUGCGGAUCAGUAUAGGAUGCUUGCUUUGCGCAUCCAACAUGGCCCCCCCACUUCCCUCUUGCUCCUGGCCAGUUUAAGUGACGGAGGCUUUUCACAGUUCUGGUCAUCCUCGACCUCAGUAGUGUUCCUGGUGUUACAGAAAAGUCAGCAGCUCCCAGACUGCCUUUACAGGUAGACAGUCUGCCCUCUCCCAAAGCCUCUGAGGUGCAAAAAGCUGCAAAGUUUGUUCAGCAAAGAACACGACAAAGAAUCUCAGUCAUUUCUUGGUUUUAGCAGAACAUCCAUGCCAGACAUCCAAGCUCAGGGUGUCUCGAUUUACAGUUUCAUUCAGCACAAAAUUCGAUUUUUUGCUUUUUCACCUUCAAACAUCUGGAUCUUUGUUAGCCGGAGGUCGUUGUUCAUUCUUUGUAUUGAUGUAGUGAAAGAGGUUUUGACGGAUCGUGUUGCAUAAUGUGACUGCUAAAUAUAAAGAGUUUUACACUCAAGUGUACAGCGACCGGGUAAUCUUGUAUAUACGACAUGAACAUGAUUUAAUCAACACAAUGCACGCACUUAAAAAGAUUUAAACUCCAGUGAUGAAGCUGCUAUAAUUUCUGUUGUGUACAUUACGUAUGUGUUUAUAUUAUCUCUGCCAUAUUUUUGUCUCCUGGUGGUAUAACUUGACAUUAAGCUGCUUUUAAAAUAUUUGUCAAUUAAUCGUUAUGUCUUUUUGCUGUCAUACUUGACGUGUUUUACCCAAGGUUUUUAUCGAGUGAUCAUGUGGUCUUCAGCUGCUAUAUUCAUUUUGUUCAUUUUCAAGUAAAGUUUUGUAUGCAGUAAGUCAAAUUAAAUCACAUCUGAAGCUA